UUCUACUAUUUUGUAGUACUCCCUUUUUUUUUUUUAUGUAACUCUUUAUAUUUUCUCUUUUUAUAGUUAGAAAACUACACAAACCACACACCUAUCCACAAGAGCUAGCUAGCUUAGGCAAAAUGCAACCUUUCACUUGUUCCAUGCUAUCUCUUUUAGCCAUUAUCUCAUUUUCUAUAUCAUUCAACUUCACCAUAUGUCUUGCAACAUCUAGAUUUCGUUUAGAAAGUGAUUCGGACACAAACACGGAUUUCAUUAAGGCCUCGUGUGACACCACUAGGUACGCCGACUUGUGCUUCAAAACGCUGUCGCCUUACGCGGACACCAUUCAAAAAAAUCCAAUGGAGUUGGCCAAUGUUGCACUGACCGUAUGCUUAAAAAGCGCAAAAUCGACCUCAAAAAGCGUACGACAGCUGUCAAAAGGGCGAGACUUGACUACGCGAGACGGGCAGGCUAUUGCAGAUUGUUUGGAAAACAUGAGUGAUUCUGUGGAUGAGAUGAAGAAAUCAAUGGUGGCAUUGAAGGGUUUGGAUGGUCCAGAUUUUAUGGAGAAAAUGGGGAAUGUAAAGACUUGGGUGAGUGCGGCAAUGACAGAUGAAGAUACAUGUAUGGAUGGUGUUGAAGAAAAUUUUGGUAAUAAGAUGAAGGAAACCAUUAGAGGGUAUAUAGUAAGUGUUGCUGAGUUAACAAGCAUUGCUUUGUCUCUCAUUACUAAUUUAUCUUCCACUUAACUAAUAAUUAGUUUGCUUAUUUCUAAGAUAAGUGUGUUGAAGCAAAUUAAGCUAGUGACAUCGCUUUCUUAAUUGUAAUUUAUUUAUAUAUGUGUGUGUGUAUCUGUGGGGAUUACAAAAAAACUUAAUAGUGUAGGUUAGUUACUAGUGUGCCAUUUGCUAAUUUAGCAAAUAAUUUGUGUAUGAUUUCACCUCUAAAUAAUAAUCAUAUAAAUUUCUUA